GCCUAUGAUCGAUCCUGCAGCCAUCACAACAUGGCAGGAGGGUCUACGUUGCGUCACAAAGAUCGCCGCGCAAAACUCGCAGUUCGCAGUAAGCAUACGCAGAGUAAGCUGUUCUCUCUUUACCGCUUCCGUGCCUUGAAGAACCCAUUGACAUGACGCAGAUGAUAGACAACCAGCGCCAGAACGAGAUAAGAUGGUAUUCGGAACGACAGACGCUGAAGCAAGUGCAAGCACAGAGGGUGCCAAACGCCACGAAGAAUAGGGUCUCAUCCGCUCAACCUGCUACGCCCUCGGAGGAGACAAAGCAGGCCGAGCUUACGUCGUUCGAUCGCAAGAUCUACGACGCGCAGGUAUCGAUGGAGGAAGCGAUGGCGACCGAACUGAAAGGAUUGGGCGUGCCUUUCUUCGGAACCGACCACCACCUGGUGGUAUUGGAUGGAAUCGAUGUGACGGCGGUUGACCUGCCGGAGGGUCAUCCCAAGUGGAGUCCACUGGUGACGGAGAGCGAAUUGACGGCGUUGAAGAGGAAGAUGGUCACGCAUUUGGAAGACUUGUACCGAGAUUGAGCGGCAUGCUGCUCCUUGCUACAUCGCACCCAACCGAUUUCACCUCUGCUAGCUGUCGCAGGUUGUGCGUGACACAUUUCGGAUGCCUUUCCGG